AUGGAACCUUGGAACCUCACAGGAGUUUCAGAAUUUCUUCUCUUGGGAUUUUCAGAGGAACCAGAACUGCAGACCCUCAUAUUUGUGUUUUUCCUUUCCAUGUACCUAAUCACUGUGUUUGGGAAUCUGCUUAUCAUAGUGGCCACCAUCUAUGACUCCAACCUCCACACGCCUAUGUACUUCUUCCUCUCCAACCUGUCCUUUGCAGACAUCUGUUUCAUCACCACAACUGUCCCAAAGAUGCUGGUGAACAUCCAGACACAGAGUAAAGUCAUAACCUAUGCAGGAUGCAUCACCCAGGUGUACUUUUUCCUAUUCUUUUCGGGGUUGGACAUCUAUCUUCUGACCGUGAUGGCCUAUGACAGGUUUGUGGCCAUCUGUCACCCCCUGCAUUACAUGGUAAUCAUGAGCCCCCGACUCUGUGGACUGCUGCUGCUGGUGACCUGGAUUAUAAGUGUCCUGCAUUCACUGUUACAAAGCCUAAUGGUGUUGCGACUGUCCUUCUGUACAGACCUGGAAAUCCCCCACUUUUUCUGUGAACUCAAUCAGAUGGUCCAACUUGCCUGUUGUGACACUUUUCUUAAUAACAUGGUGCUGUAUUUUGCAGCUGUGCUGCUGGCUGGUGGUCCUCUCGCUGCGAUCCUCUUCUCAUAUUCUAGGAUAGUUUUGUCCAUAUGUGGAAUCUCGUCCGCUCAGGGGAAAUCCGCGGCAUUUUCCACCUGUGUAUCUCACCUCUCUGUCGUCUCUCUAUUUUUUUGUACAAGUCUAGGAGUGUACCUUAGCUCUGCUGCUACCCACAGAUCACACUCAAGUGCAAAAGCCUCAGUAAUGUAUGCCGUGGUGACGCCCAUGCUAAACCCCUUCAUCUAUAGCCUGAGGAAUAAAGACAUAAAGGAGGCUCUGAAAAGACUCUUUGGGAUGGCAGGUUUGCAAGGGCCAGUGGUCACAGGACUGAAGAACUGCCCAUGA